GUUGCUUCACAAGGGGCGUCUCCUCGUACUACUUGGAGUUUCCCAACCUGGUGAACUUCGUGACGCAGCUCAUAGGAGUUAUCGCGUUUGUUCGAAUGGUGCGGAAAGCGAAUGAAGCGGCUCCAAUGGCCGUGGCAUUCUCGGGCAAACCCGAGAUUGUUUUGGGCAUUGCCCGUGAUCCUGCGAACCCAGCAGGAUUCGACGACCGCGAGGCAGCAUACCUUCAGUUCAUCCGAAGCUGCUGGGAUGUACAUUCCCGGCAUCGCCAACGAGACGCUGGCGCAAAGGACUUCUGGGAAGACAUGGAGGAUGAAUCAGCCGCAUCUUCGGCAAAGGCUACAACCGGACUCACCCAUCGAGACAAUCUCAGUGUGGAGGCUGUGGAAUGCCAAGACUAUGACACCUACGACUUGGUCGAUAGCUCUCGACAACACUGCUAUGUAGACAAGCGCUUGCUGGGAAUGGCACCUGGAGAGAAGGUUGCAGCUGUCUGGAACGAAACUCAACGUCACAGCUUGUGGAGCUUUCUCGUCUUCGUGUUUCUGUAUGGCUUCGGGAUCGCCCUGUUAGAAUGGCUACUUCCGGACCUCAUGCAAGCAAAGGCUGCGAGGGCUUUCCUGUACCUCGUCGUUCCAGGCUCUCUGUUGGCCUAUGUCUACUUCAAGCUCCGCUCAGAGCUGCAGUGUUUGUGCGCGACUACCAACACUGGUCGAGUCAUUCAGCUGUCCAGAACACCGCCCACCGGACUGGGUUUUAUUUGCCCCCACUUCUUUGGCGGCACGGACCUCCGGCUGGACAUGUUCGUUGUUGGAAAGGCUGUGUAUGUCCAAUUGGAUAUGCCUCUGAAGCCAAUCUGGGCCGAUUGGAUCCGGGCCUGGCGCAGAGAUCCCUGGCGAAGAGGAACCGUGUCUGUUCGAGGAGAGCAUGGUCUGCUCCAAGUCCGGCGCACGAACGGCGAGGCCGUGGUGGCGUACCGAGCACUGAGCGAGAUGAUCGAGGCGAAAAAGACGCAGGGCCUUCGAGCUUGCUGCUUGGGAACGGCUGAAAUCUUCGGGAUCACGGCGAUCGACGACCUGCUUCUCCCGGAUGAAGAUCUCAUCUGGGAGCGGAAGUUGAAUUGCGUCGGCCAUUUCACGGACCCUUUCGACUACACCUCAUUGAUGGUGAUCACUGACUCCAGACUGCAUGUCGCCCGCGCUCGGUGUCCGAAGCCAUUGAGUCUGCGUGGACUUCUUCUAGGCCCACUGACCUUCGGAUUUCGAUGUAUGCACAUCCAGGAGUGGCUCGGCCACCACGCCGGUCUCACGAUCUCGAGCCUGGCGCACAGCAGCCUGGAGUCCUAUGCCACGACGAGAUCCAGGGCUCCUCCCUUCUGGCCUGGUCUGGGCCCACCCAUCGAUGGAUUCGGCUUCGUUUUUAUGCCGAAGUUCACGCAGAUUUAUCCAGCAGCGCUCUCUGUGUCUCAGAAGCCGUAUGGCCUCAAGGUCAAGGCCACCGUGCAAGAUCCGGCCAUACGCCUCUGCGCGCGCAGCGGAUAUUUGCGAGUGAAGACCUCUGCGCAGCACUCCCUUCCGAAAGGUGCCAGAGUUGUGAUGGUGGAAGACGCCUCCGGGGAGGAGAUAGAACUGGAUGAUGAGUGUUGGUCGGCACCAGAGGGCUGCCUCCUCGAAGAAGGAUCGCGUAUUACCCUCGAAGCCGUCGAUCACCAGUGGUCCACCGUCUCGGAUGAGCCAUGGGUCUCGCAGCUGAGAGCGAUCAUG